UCUUCCCCUCCAUCAUCAAAAACCUCAAAACUCCACCAUAUCCACCAGCCUUAGUUAGUGGUGUACAUGCAGCGAGAGGAGGCAGAUCGUUGGGCUCGCAAACGUUACUUUGGCUGACACGCUGAUAAACCAGGAGCAGCCAAACUUCAGCUUCACCGCGGGGUUUUCAAUUUGCAUGAACCGAACCUAGGCUCCUCACACACACACACUCAUAUUCUUCACGAUGCAUAUCAAGGACAUGCUAAACCAGGGGGAGCAGGCGGGGAAGCCUACUUUCUCGUUCGAAUUCUUCCCGCCAAAGACUGCGCAAGGUGUCCAGAACCUGUACGAUCGCAUGGACAGAAUGCAUGGGCUGGGACCGAGCUUCAUUGACAUAACCUGGGGUGCUGGCGGUCGCCACGCGCAACUAACAUGUGAAAUGGUCAGUGUGGCACAGUCGGUUUACGGGUUGGAGACAUGCAUGCACUUGACGUGUACGGACAUGGGAAAGGAGAAGGUCGAUGAUGCCCUCAAGAACGCAUACAAGGCUGGCUGCACAAACAUUCUGGCUCUCCGUGGGGACCCCCCUCGCGAGAAGGAAAAAUGGGUGGCUACCGACGAAGGAUUCCAGUACGCAAGAGAUCUUGUCAAAUAUAUUCGCAAAACCUACGGAAACCACUUCGAUAUUGGCGUUGCGGGAUACCCAGAAGGCUGUGACGAUCAAACAGAUGCGGAUCUUUUACUCGACCACCUGAAGGAAAAAGUCGACGAGGGCGCAACUUUCAUUGUGACUCAGAUGUUCUACGAUGUUCGCAACUUCUUGGAUUGGGUCCGCAAGGUUAGGGCGAAGGGCAUAACCAUUCCAAUCAUCCCAGGCAUCAUGCCCAUUUCCACAUAUGCCAGCUUCCUGAGAAGGUGCAACCAUAUGAAUGCGAAGAUCCCUCCUGGAUGGAUUGAAGUCAUGGAACCCGUCAAGAACGACGACGCAGCUGUCAGGGAGAUCGGGAGAGGAUUAGUGACUGAUAUGUGUCGCUCUAUCCUCGAGUCGGGGAUCAACCACCUGCAUUUCUACACGAUGAACUUGGCCCAGGCAACUCGCAGCGUUCUUGAACAGCUCGAGAUGCUUCCAUCUGAAGAACGCCCAUUGAAACAGGCUCUACCAUGGCGCCAAUCCCUUGGCCUUGGGAGACGCGGGGAAGAUGUACGACCCAUUUUCUGGCGCAACAGAAACAAGUCUUAUGUCAUGCGAACUCAGGAGUGGGAUGAGUUCCCCAACGGCAGAUGGGGUGAUUCGAGGUCUCCGGCUUUUGGCGAACUUGAUGCAUAUGGAAUCGGGUUGAAGGGGAGCAAUGAGCAGAACAUUAAGUUAUGGGGCGAGCCGAAGUCAGUCAAGGACAUUGCAAAUGUAUUCCUGCGAUACUUGAAUGCCGACAUCGAAAGUUUGCCAUGGAGCGAGGCACCGAUCUCGAACGAAGCCGAUGUUAUUAAGAACCAACUCGUGGAACUUAAUGAGCACGGACUGCUUACGAUCAACUCGCAACCUGCCGUGGAUGGUGUCAAGUCAUCUCACCCGGUUUAUGGAUGGGGACCCCUAAAUGGAUACGUCUACCAGAAAGCGUACCUUGAGCUUUUGGUUGCACCGGAACUUAUCGAUGAGCUGCUUGAUAGAAUCGCGAGAGACCCCGGGGUGACUUAUUAUGCGGUUACAAAGUCAGGCACGCUACGAACCAAUGCUCCUAGUGAUGCUCCAAAUGCUGUCACUUGGGGUGUGUUUCCCGGAAAGGAAAUCGUUCAGCCAACCAUCGUGGAAACGAUCAGCUUUUUGGCCUGGAAGGAUGAGGCUUUCCGUCUAGGAAUGGAUUGGGCCCAUUGCCAUGACGCCUCGAGCCCCAGCCGUAAUGUUAUUCAGCGAGUUAUGGAGACGUUUUACCUCGUUAAUAUCGUCCAUAACGACUUCCAUCAACGCGAUGCACUAUUUUCGCUGUUUGAGGGCCUUACUGUCCCAAACAUUGACAAGGCUGCCGAGGGUACUGCUGCACCUGGAGCUGCCCCGGCGCCUGCUGCGACUGGUGUGCCAGCUACGAACGGGGACAAAGUCGAAGAUGCCCCACCGACAAUUGUAUCAAACGUCCUUCCAGUGGCAUAAUUGGUGAUUUUCAAAUAUUUAUAGGAUCAACUCAUAUUUUCCGGCCGUCCAGCUGCUCUCUGAGCAAUUGCCCUGGGGGGCACGGCUCUUGCAUUUAGCGUGGCGCGGGCCAACUUCAACAAGUUUGGCGGGCGUCCUGGGGAUUUCAACGAUCUCACGAUUUUCCUUUUUUUUACAAUUACCUCAUGAUUUUUUAUAUACCGGCUCGGCAUAGGAGAGAAUGCCUUCAACGGCAACACAAGUAGAACUAGACAGUGCGAAAGAUAGGGAGGGAAAGAGAUGGGCUGAUGUUACACCCAUCAGCCGGGAAAUAGAAUAAAAAAAGCAUGAUGAGUUGAAGUCGUUAAAUACGAUAUUGG